AUGAAGGGAGUGUGGUGGAAGAAAGAGAGGUAUAUCCUUGGAAUUCCUCCCCUGAUCCUUGUUCUGUGGCCAGUAGCAUCAUCUGAUUGUGAUAUUGAAGGUAAAGACGGUGGAGCCUAUCAGAAUGUUCUAAUGGUCAACAUCAAUGAUUUGCAUACUUUUACAAAUAUAAGAAGUGAUGUACAAGUGUCCAAGGAUGCAGCAUCUGCCCUUUACAUCAAAUGGCAUAAGAAAAUGGGACUGUAUUUUCUUGUCUUUGUUCCCCUAUCAAGCUUGGCAGAGGACUUUGCCCAUUGGCCUGUAGACAGCAUGAUAGACUUUGAUAGCAAUUGCCUGAAUAACGAACCUAACUUUUUAAAAAAACAUUCAUGUGAUGAUAAUAAGGAAGCUUCGUUUUUAUAUCGUGCUGCUCGAAAGUUGAAGCAAUUCCUUAAAAUGAAUAUCAGUGAAGAUUUCAAUCUUCACCUAUCAACAGUUUCACAGGGCACAUUAACACUGUUGAACUGCACCAGCAAGGGUAAAGGAAGAAAACCAACUUCCCUGCGUGAAGCCCAACCCACUAAGAAUUUGGAAGAGAAUAAGUCUUUAAAGGAACAGAAAAAACAGAAUGACCUGUGUUUCCUAAAGAUACUACUACAAAAGAUAAAAACUUGUUGGAACAAAAUUUUGAGGGGCGCUAAAGAACAUUGAAAAAUACGGAGUGGCAAUGUGAAAACUUAAGAGCUUUAUUUGUAUCCUCCAAGAAUCUAUCUGCUUAUGCAAUUUUCAAGGGUAAAAUGCCUUCUGGAAGUUACUAAAUGCAUCCUGGUAAAAACGGAUUACAGCAAUUGAGAAAUCCUUACUGUAGUACUAGCAGAUGGACAUAAACAGUGGAAACCAAAUGCUGCAAUCAACAAACUAUUUCACAUGCAUGAGGACAUAUAUCACUCGGUAUUAAUUCUGAACUGAUUUUUAUAAGACAAUCUAUGUAAGAUAUUAGUUGCAAUA